AUGUUUAUGAUUUUUGGGACUGAAAGUGAAGACAACGUCGAGUUAUUACACUUUGGAGAUCAAGUAACAUUUUAUUCGAACGAUGAAGAUGGUGGAUUGCUAUGUAUGGAGGGUCAAAUCAGCAAUAAACCAAACAUAACACGGAUCAAAAGCGAAGGAAAUUUUGCAACGUCGUUAACAAGGGAUUGUCGGUUCUUUAUACUUGCUAUGCAAAAGUAUUUAAAUGAAAAUUGUUUAGAAAACGAGACGCGUUUUCGACCAGAUAAACUAAUCGAGGAGUUUGGGGGUGAUAAUGAGCAGGACAGCAAAUUACAAAGACGUUUACAAGAGUCCGUAGUUUAUUAUGGUAACAUUAUCCAGCUUCUUCACGUAAAGUCGAAUAAAAUACUUCGAGCUAAAAAGCAAUUAUCUCCUGAAUUUAAAGAUGCUUCUGUACGUUUUACAUUGGAAGAAUAUCAAGGUGAUGAAUCAUGGUUUAUAAUUCAACCAUCAUAUAAACACAAACAAAUAGGUGAUCCGGUUGUGAUCGGGGAUAAAGUGACUCUAUUCGCCUGUCGUGCUGGUUGUGCAUUGAACAUUAAACAACUUAAUUCAAAUACUAAACAGCAUAAAUUAAUGUCUGAUACUAAUCAUCAUGAAAUUAAUAAUAAUAAUACCAGCUGGCAAAUUAAUCUUUAUUUAAGUUAUCAAGAUAAUUUAGAACAUAUAUUGAAAGGGGGUGAUAUCAUUAGAUUGUUUCAUAGUGAAGCAGAAAAAUUUCUCACUUGUGAUACAUAUGAAAAUGAGUUACAUGUAUUUUUGCGUACUACAUUUCGAGCAGCUACCACUACAGCCAAAAGUUCAAAAGCAUUAUGGGAGGUUGAGGUAAUUCAUUCGGAUUGUAGGCGUACUGGAGCUGGACACUGGAACAGUUUAUUUCGUUUAAAACAUUUAAUUACUGGACUAUAUCUCUGUCCUAAGGUUAUCAAAAUAAACAAUAAAUCUGGAGAACAAGGUGCUUUUUGUAAACAAGACCAAGAUGAUGGUUGUAUCGAAUCUUUUCUGACUUUAUCCAAAGAACCGACAUAUGAAACUGUUUUUGAGAUGGAUUCAACAAGUCAUUAUAAAGAAAGUGAUGGAUUUAUACCAAAUAAUGCAUUUGUACGUAUUUGUCAUACAGCCUCACGAAUGUGGAUUAAAGCUAGUGAUAUUCCUAUUGAUACUGACGCGGAUAAACCUAUUAUGUAUAAGCUUAAUCUUACUUCGUUUAAAGAUAACAAAGAAGUAUUCGCUAUUCUUCCCGUACCAGCGAAUGUUGUGAGAGAUUUGGAUUUUGCCAGCGACUCCUUCAAAGCACUUAAAGCUAUUCUCUGUAUAUUGAAUGAACAAGGAAGGUUAACAGAAACUCAAAUGAGAUCACUUAUAUUUAUUUUAUCAGAGUUAGUAAUGUUUCUUAACGGGAAUACACGUUUAACAUUUGAGUCAACCAAUCCAACUAUACAAAGUGAAAUAGGCUUACGGGAUAGACAGAAGUUAUUACGUGAACACAAUAUUAUUGCACAAAUCAUUAAUAUAUUAAACAGUAAAGUUAUUAGUAAUUUACCAAAACAAUCUACAUCAAUUGUAAAUAAUCAUUUAAUUAAUUCAAAUAUUUUAAUAUGGAAACCAGAUAUUUCGUUAAUAUCUAUUCUACAUGAAACAGAAAUGAAUACAAUUGAUUCACAACAACAAGAUAUUUAUUUAGAUGAAAAAAAUGAAAUAUUAGCCUGGCAAACUGUUGGAAAUCUUUGUUAUCGAAUACUUACAUUAUCACAACAUGGUUAUAGAAAAAAUCAGGAGUAUCUAGCACAGUAUCUGAAUUUGAUGCAAACUCAUAUUGGCUUAGGUAUAAGAGCAUCAGAGACGAUUACUGCUCUAUUGCAUAACAAUCGACAGUUACUUGAAAAACGUGUUGGUGAACUAGAAGUUUCUGCAUUUGUUUCGUUAGUACGUGACAAUAUUGAAGCCCGAUUUUUGAAUUAUUUAUCAGCGUUAUGUAGUUCUUGUGGUGUAGCAAUUCCGGUUACACAAGAACUUAUUUGUCAUCAACUAUUAUCUGAGAAUAAUGAAGAUCUAUUAGUAGAAACAUGCAACAAAACAUUUAUUGAUUCCGAAAACAACAACUAUACAACAGAUAUUGUUACUUUAAUCUGGAAACAAACCUAUUUAAUGGAUGAAUAUUUUUGGAAAAAUAUUCAUUCUAAUUUAAUUUUAAAUCAAUCAGAAUGGAAUCAAACACAAAAAGGUUUAGAAUUUAAUUUGAAUAUAUUAAAUGAUGUUGUAAUGAAUCAAUCAACACAAGAAAUGUAUGAAAUAUCAUCAAAACCAAUUACAUUAUGUUAUUUAAUUUUAGAUUAUUAUCAAGCACAAAUUGAUUUAUUUGCUUUAUUAUGCCAACAACGACAAUAUAUUGCUAUUAAUUAUUUAUCAACAAAAUUAUCAGUUCAUUUAUUAUUGAAAUGCAUGAGGAAUGAACGGCUUAGACCUAGUCUCCGUGCAUCGUUUACUCGGUUAUUAUUAAAUCUUCAUGUAGAUCGAGAUCCUCAAGAAUUGCAUCAACCUAUUCAGUAUGCUCGUUUAUGGAGUACAUUAGGCACAAAGUUAGAUGUUUCCAGUUAUGAAGAAGCAAAUAGUUCCACAGAUAAACAAGAAAAUUUCACAACUAAUUUUAUGAAAAUCAAGAAUUUUGUAAAUGAUUAUUUGGAUAAUAUACUUUCCAAUGGUUUUUAUUUAUCUGAACCCGGUUACAUUAAUUUAACAAAUGAGGUUAUCAAUCUUUCUAAGAAUUUGGUAUUUUUUGGUCUUUACAAUAUUAAAGAACUAUUACUUCUUGGUCAAAAACUUGUAUUCAUGCUCAAUCAAUUGGGGAGUACAAAUGAUUUUUAUUUAUGCAAAAUGAAGGAGAUGAACAACUCAUCAUCAAUACUGAAUAGUUCAAAUGAUAAGAAACUAUUUGAUUUAAAAUUAAAGACUCUGGAUAUCAUUGAAUAUAUUUUAGACGUUCGUGUAGACUAUCAAAUCUACUGUUUAUUAACUACUCUUCGAAGCGUUGAGCAGCCAGAAGCUUGUUCAAAUGACUUGGAGUUAGAGGAUUUGGAAAAAAAGCAAACUCUAGAAUUAUCAAAUGAAAUUAGAAAUCAGCUUUUAACAUUGUUUCCUUUAAACAAUCCAUCACAAAAUCUUGAAACUAAUGAAUUAUCAAGACAGAAUUCACCAGAGAACAAAUUAACUAUUCUUAAUAUAGAUGGUUAUAAUGGUCAAUUAUUAAUUGGUGUAUUGGCUCGUUUAUGUAUAUCAACUAAUGUUGAAUUAAAAUUAAAAUCAUUACAAUUAUUAUUUCGACAUUUUAGUCAACAAGAAGAAUUAAUCAAUAAAUUAAAACAGGUACAACUUUUAGUAUCAGAUACAGGAAUAAAAAUUUAUCGUCAACUUAAACAACAUUUAGAUACAUUACGUUGUUUAAUUGAAAAAUCUGAAUUAUGGAUGCAUGAUAAAAGUUGUAUGACUAAUUCAAUUAAUAAUAAUAAUAUUCAAAUUUACACUCCAUGUAGUUGUAUAAAUAAUUAUGCUUUGGUUAAAGAUAUACUUUGUCAUAUAAUAUCUUUAUGUCAAUUAGAACAUAAUGAUUUAUUGACUCCAAUCAUAAAACAGAAAUCAAAUAAUGUCAUGGAUGUUCUUAGUACUGAAAUCAGUACACAAAUAAAUAAUGGAAUACUUAGAACUAUGGAUAAAUCAUCAUCGUCAUCAUCAUUUCCGUUUGAACAAAUACAACAACUUUUACGUCAUUUAGGAGUGCAUACUAUACUGAAAGAAUUAUUGAAUAUUCGAUUCAAAUGUACCGAUGUUGUAUUCAAUGAGAUUGUUCAUUUGACGAAAUAUAUUUUAUGUUUAUUUUGUUACAACAAUGAGAUAAACCAAAAAUUAUUAUAUCCAUAUCUUGAUAAAUUCAUCACAACUGAAACUGAUGAUGCUGAAGUCUGCUUGUGGAUGCUAAAAGACAAUACGGAAUUGUGCAUGAUGAUUGACCGUCCAACCAUUAGAAAACUUUGUUUUUUUCUCCAAAAAACCCGUCCAUAUGUGCAUUGGCUCGAAGUGCUGAUAACAGUUGUGAAACCGAACGAUGAAGUAUUAAGCCCAGUACGAGAAAUGAUUUCAAAUGAGCUCUGUUCAAUGUUUGACGACACAUUAUUCUUGAUGAAUAGUUUUUCACGUGUACGAAAUAUUUUGGAGUCACUUUUAUCGACAAUAACCUAUUCUAAAUCAUCAUCAUCAUCUUCACCAUUGUGGUCAAUCAUUCAAUUUCCUGAUAAUACAUCUAAACAAGAUUUAUUAUUUAAUUUGAAAUUUUUUCAUUUAUUAAAUAUACUACUAAUUGAAGAGAAUGAUAUUUUACUUAAAAAAUAUCGUAAAUGGUUUAAAUUAUCUGAAUUAAUUAACAUUAUUAUACAUCCAGUUAUGAAAUGUAAAAAUUUAUAUCAAUUAAGAAAUGUUUAUAUGGAAAAUUUAGUGAAUUUCUGUUCAAGUCAUAAUUUUAAAAAUAAUUUUAUCAUACAAUAUAGUGAAUCAUUAUCUUUACUUUGGAGAGAUAUUACUGAAGAACUAGAUAAUAUUUCUCUUAAUCGACUAUCGAGUAAUGAUUAUAAAAUAUUUCUCAGAGAUUCUAUUAUCCCAUAUGUUACGAAAAUUUUUGCCAACAUUCAGUUAUUGGAACAUCAACAACCACAGUUUCAUCUAGAUGCAAGUCGUUGUUUAAUGCAUAAACUGAUGCAAAUGAACCAUGAUUCAUUACUAGGUCCAGCUUCAAUGGAAUGUUCACAAAUGAUAAUGCGUACAAUUCCUACAGCAAGUCUUCCGGUUUCGCCAGAAUUCUCCUACAAACCGGACAUUUUUAUGACGAAUUCUUAUACAGAUUUAUGUAAAACACUUGAAGACAAAAUCAUUUCUACAAGUGAUAUUAUAUCUGAUGACUCGAUAGAUAGUGGAUUGCAGGAUGAAAAUUCACUCGACUCAAAUAUGUCUGAAAAAGUCAAUGUUAAAACCGUCCAACAAUGUCAGAUGAGUAAGAGUUUGAGUGAAGAUCAAAUGAGUCAAACACUGGAUGAUGCAGAUCGAUCAAUAUCUCAAAACUUUGCGAAGAAUAUAGAAAAGCAGUUCAAUAAUAUGAUUAAAGAAAUUGAACUUCAACUUAGUACAUCCAUUUAUAAAGAAUAUGAUUCAUUAAUUCGAUUUCUACAAUAUCCAAUGAAUUUCAUUGAAAUACAAGAAAUAUCAACAUUAGUUAAAAGUGAUGAUUUUUCAUAUAAUUCAUUUAUAGCCUCAUUGGUGCAACAUGCAUACGAUUUGAUUGAAUUAGGUUUAGAAAGUCAGUUCGUCAAGCUUCUACAAGUUUUCAUUUCCUUAUCUAAAGCACCUAUGUUGGAGUCUGUACCAUUAGAAAUGAAAUGGAGUUUGGAUGGAUUAUCGAAUACUGGUCAAAAUGCCAUACAUUAUUUUCUAUGUUCAAAUGGAAUUUGUGAUCUGAUUAUACGAUGUUUAGAAAAUCCUAAUACUUCUGAAACGAUUUUUGUCAUGGCAAAUGAGUUGGCGAUUAACCUUUUAAAACACAGUAAUAAAUAUGUACAGGAAUGUUUCUACAUUAUUCUGUCAAAACCUAAACAACAUGAAGAUUUCUUCAAUUCUAUGUUUCAACGUUUUCAUAAUGCUUAUAGUCAAAUGGAUAACUUAACAAAAAAUAGAUUCUUUUGUAAAGAAGAAUUUACAAAAACUACAAAUUAUUUAGAUUGUUUCAAUUCAUUAAUAACUGGCAAGAAUAUAUCAGUACAGAUAAGUUUACAAUUUUUACAAACUUUAUGUCGUAGAAACAAUUUAAGACUUCAGGAACUAUUGCGUGUUCAACCACAUAAUGUGACAAAUUUUAAUUUAAUUGAAGAAAUCAAGUCGUUAUUUAUUAAUUUGUGGAAAAUAAAUGAUAAGUUAAUUAAUACUGUUACCUUUGACAGCAACAACGAAAACAAUCAUAAUAAUGAUACUCUGAACUAUUGUUAUAUUAAUCAUAAAACACCACAUAGUAAACAGAAAUGUUUCAGCAAUACAGAAAACAGUCCUUUGAAAAUUGUACAGAAUAAUAUGAACAUUAUAGAGCCAAUAAUGAUAUAUCAAAGAAAAUUUAAUAAGUCAUUAUUCCUUGAAAUGAAUCACAAUCAACAAAGUGUACAAAUUCCAAAAAAUAACUCAGUACAUUUUAUUCAACCUGAAAUUAUAAUACUUAUUUUGACUUGUCUAAUUGAAUUUUGUCACGGUCCUUGUUUGAAUAAUCAAAAUGAAAUUUUAUUCGGAAGUCCAAAUAUUUUACACUUACUAGUAAACUUAAUAUUGUAUACACCAAAAUGGAUUAGAAAUAAUAAACUUGAAGAUAUAACAUGUUCACUUGCUGAAAUUAGUUGUUUGUCAAUUAAGCUACUGUUAGCUGUGUUGGAAGGUCGCCAUGAAGAUAAAGUUUAUCAACAACUAAUUGAACUCUGUCCAUUAGAUAAGUUAAUAAGUACAAUUCAUUAUUACCAUAUUUUGUCAGAGGAUUCAGAUUUUGCGACGAAUCAUCCACGUGAAUCAUUUCAUAAAUGCGGACAUUUGUUAUUUAUAUUGACACAAUAUUUGUAUAGAUGUUUCCCAGCAAUUUUUAAACAUAUGAAGACAUCUGAGAAUCAUGAUCAUCAUAAUAAUAAUGAAUUAUCAAGCUUCAAAUGGUCUGAGUCAAAUUCAUACAACACUACAGAAGGGAAAAAUUGUUUGUAUGAAAUAAAAUGUACAGAUCAUAACAAUAUUCCAUUGAAUGGUACCAGAAAGUUGGAUUUUAAUAACACUAUUAUAAAACGUUUGAUUAAGGGUAAAAGUGAUAUUAUUUUAAGCCUUCAACAUUAUACCAUUAAUACAGCACAGAUAGAGAUCGUACGUGAAGACAAUAGAAUUGAACGUAUAGUUUAUCCAAUUCCUAAAAUAUGCCAUUAUUUAACUAAUUCUAAAAAACAUCAAUUAUUAGCAAUAAAUAAUAUGGAUAAUGAUUAUUCGAAAAUUCCUUCAUUAUUUAAAAUAAUUGAAGAGAUUUAUGCUGAAAUGUUAUGUGCUGAACAUAUGCUUAUUCAUCCAUGGAUUCACUGGUUUUCACUGCGAUCCCAAUGGAUAUCGGAUGCAAGUUUUUAUCGAACGUUAUGUUUGAACUGUUUAUUAAUUAGUUUCUAUCCAUUUCGAGGAGAAUGCUUAUCUUAUGAUUUCUAUAAUUUCGAAACUCAGAUUACUGUAAUACCAAUUGCUGUACUCGCUGUUGUAUUAUGCCUUUUGUCUUCAAAUCAAUUAUUAGUUCAAAUAUACAUUGGACUAGAAACUUUAUAUUUGUUAUUUGCUUGUGCUACUGAAAAUGUAAUUCUUGUAUUAGGACUAACUAAUUUCAUUUUCAGAUUUGCCAAUCUAUUCAUUAUAUAUAAACAAUAUUCUCUGAUAAAAAAUUAUAAAACUUGUUUAUUUUCUAAUCAAAUGAAUACAAAUGAAAUAAAUUGGCAAACAUAUUUAAACUAUAUAAAUAAUAAAGAGAAAACAAUAUUGUUUCAUCCGAAAAAAACAUUCUCAUUAUUAUCAUUAUGGUGGAACAGUAAUAAUAAUAAUCAUAAUAAUCUAUUCUUAAUUGGUUAUGAAUUAUUGAAAUCUAUUCAUCAUCAAUUGUCUUUAUUUCAUGUCCAUAUUCCAAAUAGAAAUCAAUUACAUUAUCAAUUAAUACAUCAAUUGAUAUUGAUUAUAUUUACUGGUUUUGGAAUUGUGAUACAUCCAUUCUUUUAUAGUCUUGUAUUACUUGAUGUGAUCACACGUGAAGAGACGUUGUUGAAUGUUGUACGAUCAGUGACUAAAAAUGGUCGAUCAAUUUUCUUAACUGGGAUAUUAGCACUUAUCAUUAUCUACUUAUAUUCCAUCAUUGGAUAUGCUUAUUUUCAAAAUGAUUUUACCAUCGAAAUCGAUGUAACAAAUGACAAUGAAGCUGUUGAUAGUACAGAACGUCGAUGUGAUUCACUACGUAUGUGUAUAUUGACAACUUUACGAGAAGGACUACUAAAUGGUGGCGGAAUUGGUGAUGUACUCAAACGUCCGAGCAGUAAGGAUGCUUCAUUUCUUUUUCGAACAAUUUAUGAUUUAUCAUUUUUUGUUAUUGUUAUUGUUAUUAUAUUGAAUUUAAUAUUUGGUGUCAUUGUGGAUACAUUUGCUGCACUUCGUCAAGAGAAACAAAAUUCUGAAGAAUUAAAUAAAAAUCAUUGUUGUGUUUGUGGAUUACAUCGUUCAGCAUUUGAUCAUUCGAAUACAAGCUUUGAUGAACAUGUUGAAGUGGAUCAUAAUGUAUGGCAUUAUAUAUAUUUUAUAAUAUAUUUAAGAACAAAAUUAACCGAUGACUUAACUGGUCUAGAAAUUUACAUUGAUAAACUUAUCAAAGAAAAUGAAUUUAAAUGGAUACCACGUAGACGAGCUAUGACUUUGUAUAACAUAGAAAAUGGUUCUUCAGAAAAAUCUGAAGAAAUCACCGCAUUAACUAACUCACUCAACAAAACUGUCAAAGCGAUGGAUACACUUAAUGAAAGCUACCAAAAAUUGUCUAAACUGAUUAGUAAACAAUUUAUGGAAAAAUCUAAAGAACAAUUACUUUCUUCAAUGUUAAAUUCUGUUUCAAAUAAAAUGAAAAUAGAAGAAUGA